AUGACAGCAGUCCUCAAAUUAAACACAGUUGCAAGAGAUGUCACAAGAAAUCCACCUCCAUCACGUAUGGAAAGAGCUGGUUUGUUCAUUGUUAAUGAUUACAAUGGUACAAAAUAUGAUCUUGGUGAUGGACCCGAUAAUGAUGCUUACAAUAUGGCCAAAAUCGUCGGCCAAUUCGGAUUCAAGAACUGGUACUUAAGAAACGGAACUAAGCGCCAGUUUCUUGAGCAAUUAGACUACUUCUUCGAAAACACAACAGUACAUCUUGUUCUCUUCUAUGUUGGACAUGGAACAAAUGUCAAAGACAUUGAAGGUGAUGAAGCUGAUGGCUAUGAUGAAGCAUUCUUCUUCAAAGAUGGCGUUAUGGUCGAUGAUAUUUUGAUAUCUCAUCUUAUUGACCAUAAGAAUCCAACAAGCAAGCUUACUCUUCUUACCGAUGCUUGCCACUCAGGAUCCGUUUGGGAUAUCCAGGGUGGUAACUUCAAAGGACGUAGACUUCCAGAAAAUAUCAUUUCGAUUUCUGCUGCUAGCGAUCAGCAAACAGCUAAACAGACUGUCGUUGAGAACAGUGAACAAGGUAUGUUCUCUUACAACUUCAGAAAACUUCUUCGUCAAAAUCGCGAUAUGACUCCACGUCAAUUAAAGACUGGUUUACGUACCAUUCUUGCCAAAUACCAGCAAACUGUUAAUAUUGCUACAACAUCUGGCGAGUUAGUCGAUUCUCCGUUAAUGGAACCAUAA